AUGCGUUUGAAGCUUGUCCUGAUUUCCAGCUUUGUUUAUUUCUCAUAUUGCACUGCUGCAUCUAUCACAAACUCCACAGAUACUAUAGUGAAGAAAGAAGAGGAACAUCACCGCCACCACCAUCAUCAUCAUCGUCACCAUCAUUAUCGUCAAUAUGGACCGCGUUUUCGCUCGGUCUUUGCUUUCGGCGAUUCUCUUACAGACAAUAAUGCAUUCGAAUACUUGUAUAAUUCUAGAGAUGUUGAAAUCGAUAUCACAAGUCUACACCCUAAUUCAACCAAAAAACUGAAACGUUACUCUAAUGGACCCUUAUGGAUAGAGUAUCUUGCUGACCUGCUGGAUCAUGCAGAUUUAUACAAUUUUGCCCGCACAGCUGCCACAGUAAACAACUCUCUCGUGGAUAGGCACCAAAUUCCUGAUAUUAUCGAUCAGGUCAACCGUUAUAUUACCUCAAAGGCUUUUUAUAAACAUCAGCGUGAGGCUUUGCAUUUAAUAUGGGCAGGUGGUAAUGAUCUGAACGAUAUAUUUAAGCUUUAUUUGAAUGACGGCAAUAACAGAACUGAAACUAUAGAUGGAAUCAUUUCAUCCUUGUUUAAUGAAGUGGAGAUACUCCAGGCGACCGGUGCAAAGUAUAUUAUUUUAAUGAAUGUCAACCCAAUACAAGAGAUACCAGAUCAUUACCAUCAAAGCGCUGAACAGAAAAAUCAGUUAAAGGCCUUGAUUUAUUAUUUUAAUGCAAAAUUGAAAGCGGCCAUCGAAACUUUUCAGGUACAGCAAGAAAAUACCAACGAUUCAGACAGCAUUGACAGUUUUCAAGUGGCCUACUUUGACACUUAUCAAUGGUUCGAGUCAUCCUUUCCAGCAGACAUACUAGCAGUGAACGAUGGUAAAACAUGUCAAGAAGGGAACGAUUGCGGAGAUUUGAUAUGGUGGGACAUUUUACAUUUCACUACCAAAGUGUACUCGUCCCUGGCUCAAGCGCUUUUCAACUUCAUUUUAUGCAAAGAAUGGCUUGUAGAUGCUUAG